AUGCAAUACACUUUUUACGACGACGAACCUCGAUCCGUUUUUGUAUUUGGAGACCCAUUACGAUUCCUUUCUCGAAAGGGAAGAACGAUUGGUGCCUAUUUGUCAGGUGGUUUGCUUGCCAUUGGUUGGUGGGUAUUUAUGGAUGCUGUCAUUAUUGCUCCCAAGCAUAAUGGAUACAGUGCGAUGGGAUUUGAAGAUUGGUUCUCUGGCAUUUUGACGACAUUUGGCAUGAUUGUUAUCAACUUGAUUGAUAAAAAUCAUCUUCAAGGAGAAGAUACGAUGUAUGUUGAUCAUAGCUUAAUCUGGAAGGCACGACUCUUUUUAUUUCUUGGCUUUGCUUUGAUAGCUGGAGGACUGGCAGGAUCAUGUUGUGUCUUGGUAGUUAAAUAUAUUGUUCACUAUGAAUCCAGACAGCCCUACAUUAGUUAUGGUAUAUCAGGUGUAGCACAAAAUGCGUUGAUUAUGUUAAGUACGGCCGUCUUAUGGAUUGCACAGAAUACACGCGAGGAAGGAGAAUAUGGAAUUGGCAUAUAA